AUGAGUGAACAAUCAGAGAAAAACAAUUCCAUUCAAGAGGAACACACAGAUCAUAGUUUUCCUGAGAAGAACUGUCAAAUUGGACAAAAACAACUGCAACAAAUAGAGCGGCAGUUAAAAUGCUUGGCAUUUCAAAACCCUGGACCACAGGUAGCAGACUUUAAUCCUGAAACAAGGCAGCAGAAAAAGAAAGCCCGGAUGUCAAAGAUGAAUGAAUAUUUUUCUACAAAAUACAAAGUAAUGAGGAAGUACGACAAAAGUGGCAGGCUCCUUUGUAAUAAUGUUGACCUGUGUGAUUGUCUAGAGAAGAACUGCCUAGGCUGCUUCUACCCAUGCCCCAAGUGUAACUCCAACAAGUGUGGGCCCGAGUGCCGCUGCAACCGACGGUGGGUUUACGAUGCCAUCGUCACCGAGUCUGGAGAGGUCAUCAGCACGCUGCCAUUUAAUGUUCCUGACUAGGUGUUCUUGCAUAUGGAAUGAUUUGUUUCUUCUUCUUAUACAUUUAAGUCAACCUCUUUCUCUUGGGUGAAUUUUAGGGCUUGGGGGAAAUAUUGAAAAAAACAUACUGAAGACUCAUGUUCUGUCAAGCCCCAGAACAAUGUAGAAUGGGCAAUAAUUCUGUAACCUUCUUAACUGUGUCAACAAGUUUCAAGUUCCUUAACUUACAACUGAAGAAUGUAACAAUGGAGGGAUCAGCAUUUCUCAUCAGCACCCU